GUAGAUUUGUUAAUUUUAUAGGAUGCCUUGGAGGGCAAGAACUGAUGGAAAGAAAACUGGGUGAAACCAAUUGGGAGAUAGGCACUGCAGGGUGAACAAAUGGGUGAAAAGAAUUAGGGGGUCAGUGGAGAAGAGAACAGGGAAGACCAGAGAGAGAAGUUACUGCCAGAUGUUCCUUUGGGGUAAACUCUGAUAGCCAUGUAUCUUAAUAGGACAGAUAAAGGCUUCUAUUAUCUCUCAGGCUCCCAGUUGUGUAUGUUCAUCAUUGUCUAGUAAGAUUUUCUCUCUGGCAAUGGAUUACACUUUCCAAAUGUGAAGGGUGUAAUUGUCUUAAAUAUUGGGGUCAUGAAGGGGGGAAGCACAUUCUGUUAAGGUGAGAAGUGGUUGCAAUGUGGUGGAGAGUGUUUUCAGGUGUUUUAGGACUAAGGACAGUGUGAAAGCUAGGGAUCCAGCAGGCUUCACAUGCUAGAGCAGUUCUCUGAUGAACAUGUAUUUCUCUUUCCCAGUUUUCACGAAUAACUCUCCAGCAGCCAUAGCUUUAGCUUCCUGAAGAAAAUGGACUAGUCACAAUUAAAUGUAAGGCUUCAAAUUAAGAUAAGAUUUGAGUAAACCAACUCUUAACUCAUCCACACUAAAACUAGGUAGUCUAUCAAGUCUGCGUGAUAUGAAGUUCUUCCCAGAUUAUCUAAGGAGAAAAUAAUGUUCAUCUGAAGUGGCAGAGUACUAUGAGGGAAAAAGAUAAAGGAAAAAAAAGGUUGAGGAUUUAAAGACAAACCAAAGACUUUAUAAUUUUGCCUGGGUUUGACCUAGUGAUAGUCAUUUGGGUAACAGAAAAGCAAUCUGUACAGAGUUUCUGAAUUAACUGCUGGUAUUUCUUUUCCCCUUGGCAUCAUAUAUGAAGUAUUUCUUUCAAAGCGUAUGCCAGUUCUUUUCAAAGGGAGCUUUGUUCUGAAACUAUCUAGUAAUAGAGGUAUCACUGCAGAAAAUGGGAUAAAAUUCAGCUUAUAUUGCAGAAUGCCAUGGUGUGUUCAUUUUUCAUUCCCCUUUCUCCUCCCCUUAUGCCUCCAAACACAUGCUUCAUCCUCUCACUGCCAGAGUGAUUUUAGAAGAUUCUGUAACAAGUUCUUAGAGGCCCAUUGUGCAGUAACAAAGAAUUCUGGCAUUGAGCUGCAGGUUCUGUCCUUGCCUGCUUUCCUGAGUGGUAGGCUGCUCUCGUCUCACUAAUGGCGGAGUAGGACAAGGAGUGCGCAGGCCUGCAAACUUGCCAAUCCUUAGGAGACCAAACAAGCACUCAUCAUGCCAAUCAGACCUGUUGGGUGGAUCUCCAGGCAGGUGUUGAAGAACUUUUCUGGAAAAAUCGAGAGGAUCCAGAAAGUAAGCAUGGACCUUGUAGAUGAGUUUAAAGAUGAGUUCCCUACCAUCUUAAGAUUAUCACAGUCUAAUCAGCAAAGAGAACAGAUACAGAAAACAUCCAAAAUCAGAAUGUCUGUAGCUUUAGCGAAGAUCAGCUGAGGAACAUUGAUUCAAGGAUUAAACAGCAUAUUCAAAUCCUCCAAAUCAAUGGCCAGACUUCUGCAGUCUCAGCUUGCUUGAAGGCUUUUAGAGUGAAGAGACGUGUCUCAUCGUCUGCUGAGGGAAGUUAACGCACCAAAGCAGCCCCGAUAUAACAUGCAGGUCAGAAGGGGUUCUUUGUUUGAAAUAAUUUCCUUUCCAGCAAAGACUGCUUUAACUAGCAUAAUAUAUGCUUCAUAUACAGCACUAAUUUAUUUGACAAUCUGUGUUAAUGUAGUGCUGGAGAAGGUAAAGAAAAAUUUCCAAGAAGAAGAAUCCAUAAGGCAAAACAGUGAGGAGAAUGGAAAUCUUAGAAGAGCCUUUUCUGAGCCUGUUCUUUCUGCGCCUUCGUUUUCUGAAGGUGAAAUCCAAGCAAAACCUUACAAGUCCUUACCAGAGAAGCUAGGCAAUUUUUCAAAUCACCCCAAACUUCCUGUUAGUAAGUUGAAUGAUAAGAUCCACGUUUUACAUUCUGUGCUUAAUCAAUCAACUGAAAUGAAUGAAUGA